AUGGCUACCCCGACCGAGAUAAGGUAUGCUUACCGACAUCUAUAUCGAAACAUUCUCAAGGCAGUGCAAUACACAAUUCCUGCUCGCUUCGUAGCCCGCGAUCAACUCCGGAGAGCCUUUCGCGAGCCAGGUGCUACAUAUGAUGGACGGGGCAUCAAGCGAACCAUAUGGUUUCUCCAGGCGGCAGCGAAAGAGAAAGGAUUGGAGCAUAAGAUCUUGAAGAACUUAUUGCGAGUCCGGCAGAUGAGAUACCGGAAACGAGAUUACUCGGCUUAUGAUCCAUUGAAACAUGUAGCACAGGAGAUGAAGGAUGCAAAUGUGACUGCGUAUAAUCAUUAUGAUAUGACGGUCGCUAUGCUGAAUAAAACGAUGGGCCUCUGUCUUCGUUGA